AUGAAGGCUUCUAUUCUUCUUCUUGCCGCCUCCGCUGGCCUUGCCCUAGCUCAACCUGCUUCACUCAGCGAGCGUGCCGAUUCUGUCUGUCCCUCCAGCAACGGCAAUCCUCUUGAGCCUACUCCUGCAUGCUGCUUUACCAUGCCAUGGACUGCAGAACAUUAUCCUUACAGCGUCUGCAUGGCCCCUUCGAGCUCAAACAAUACUGCCGAAUUCGAGGAAAGCUGCCGCAAAAUCAAAGCUACUGCCCGACCACGGUGCUGCCCCAAAUCUUUAAUCGCCGCAAACGAGAAUGAGAAUAUUGGCGAUGACCUUCUCUGUUCAGACCCAAAGAUUGUCGCUUAG